AUGCGCUACUCCAAGGCGAAAUGCGAGGCUGUUCUGAAAGAGUACAGAUCGGCUGUAGACACCAUUGCAGAGCGUUUGUUGGAGGAGGGCGAGGUGACAGGAGACGCCAUUCACAGCAUCUUUAAUGCUGCUCCCAAGUUCCCCCAGCCCCCAGUGCGGCCGAUAGACGAGUACGCAGUGCUGGUCCACCAGGGCAGGUGGGGCAUUCACGGGGCCUCCCUCCCCGGCCGAGCCACCUUCCACCCCGGCAACUCCGGCUACGCCACCUUUGGAGCGCCGCGGCCGCAGCAGGUGCAGGCAGUGAGCGACGAGACGUGGCGGGUGGUGGAGGGCAUCUGGAGGGAGCGAAUUGCAGAGCUGCGGCAGAUGGACGAGGAGGACGAGGAGGAGAGAGAGCAGCAGCUGCUGCUUCCUGACUUGGUGCUGUAA